AUGCCUAUCGAUCGUUCUCUCGGGCGCAAUGUGCAUUUUUACGACGCUUCUGUCCCGGAUGUCUCUUUAGGCGGGCUUAUCCAGAAUGGCUCGGUCACGGAAGCGAAUUUUCUCGACAUGCUUAGCAUCAUACUUGUCACCAACACUCCCAUACGAGUUCAAGGAAGAACCUCUGGCCACAUCGUAACAAGGACGAACAGCCGUGUCGAAUCUGGAGAGUAUGAUAUCUAUUGCGAUAAUCCCAUCCAAGUGAACAAUGAGCCAUGGGUUCACCGCAUCAACUCAUUUAAUGUAUCGGGUCGAGAAGAGGGCUUUCGUGAAGGAAUACGUGCUAGGGAUGGAAGAUGUGUUGUAUCCGGUGUGGAUUACCGACAUGGACGAAGGAUUACCGACAUGGACGACACAAAUGGAGUCUCGAAGAUCAAUUCGCUUCAAAAUGGGUUUAUGCUUCGUCGGGAUAUCCAUGGAGAUUUCGAUCAAUAUCUUUUGUCGGUGAAUCCGGAUGAUAACUACAAGAUUGUGGUGUUCGAUGAAGAUUUGUUAGGGAUAGAUGGCAGAAUGCUGGAUCCGGUGUGUCGAAAUCCGGAGGAUCCUCAUCCUGUGUGCGAUGCGCUUUUACGAUGGCACUUCCGCCAGUCUGUACUUGCGAACAUGAGAGGUGCCGGAGAGCCAGUAUUCGAGCAUGAUUUUCCACCGGGGACGGAUAUGAUGAGAGAGAUUCGGGAAGGGCCAUGUGCGCAGGAAAGAUUUGAGUUGGAGUUGGCGGCUAGACUAGGCGUGGCUAUUUGA